AUGACGACCGCGAGAGGUCAUGUGUCAAAGGUUGGUGUGAUGUCAUUCCUGGUAACAAAGACAGUCACAGACUUUUUUAGUCGCAGGCUUCUUGACGGCGAGUCGCUGAAUUCGCAUUCGCUGAAGAUUGGGUCAAGUAGAGCGCUCGUGCUGCCAUCUCGUGCUUAUAAUUCGAAUAGCCAAUGCGGUGACACACUGGCCGCAGAAGGAGACGCCGCCGUGUACAAAUUCCCGACCCACUCCCGACUCUUCGACCACCUGCGGACGUGUUUCAAAGUAUCGAAGCUUCGAGAACACUGGGAUGAGACGAACAGCGUCGUGCUGGCUCGAAAGACGCAGCUGGAUGCCAUGUACGCUGACACCCACAAGUUCGACGCCAAGCGCGCCGAGCUAGAGACAUGGCUCGCGAGGAUGGAAGCCCGCCUGGAAAGGAUGGCGCCAGUGGCCCACACCGCCGACGUCCUCGACCAGCAGAUUAGGGAGCAGAAGGGCUUCCAUGCCGAGAUCCACCAAUACAAGCACCAAGUGGAGCUCUUCAACCAGAUGACUCAGCGACUCAUUGCCAUAUAUCAGCAUGAUGACACACGGCGGCUCAAGAAAAUCACUGAGACUAUCAACCUGCGCUAUAGUAGUCUCAACUCCAGCAUCAUAGCUCGCGGAAAAGCCCUCCACUCGGCUAUGAACUCGCUGCACAACUUUGACAAAGCUUUGGAUAAGUUCGCCUCAUGGAUGAGCGAGGCCGAAUCCAGCACGGACAUCCUGGAACUGGAAGUGGACAAACUGGGUCCAGGACGACGAGAUCUGCAGGCACGCGCGCCCGUCGCUCAUCUCAAGGUAGGUUGCCCGAAAGAAAAUGUUGUUUGGUGACUGAUUCUCGGUAAUAAAGAGUAAAAAA